UUAUUUUUAUAUUAUUUUUUAAGUUACCAAAAAAAAACAAAAAAAAUCAGCUCUACGCUUACAAAGCGGAAACCGCACUAUAUAGCACGGUUAUCGCCUCUACCGGGCCCUGGUCGCCUCUGGUAGUCUGCAGUCUGCACGCUCAAAUCUCAGAUAGAGGGAGAGGGAGAAACAGAGAGAUUCAUUUGGAGUGUUCUUGGGUUUGGGCUUUCACCAUGUCGCUGCUUUCGGAUCUCAUCAACUUGAACCUGUCUGAGACCACUGAGAAGAUUAUUGCGGAGUACAUAUGGGUUGGUGGAUCUGGCAUGGACCUUAGAAGCAAAGCAAAGACUCUUCCUGGACCAGUCAGUGAUCCCCACCAGCUUCCUAAGUGGAACUAUGAUGGAUCUAGCACAGGUCAAGCACCUGGAGAAGACAGUGAAGUGAUACUUUAUCCUCAAGCAAUCUUCAGGGAUCCAUUCAGAAGGGGGAACAAUAUCCUAGUCAUGUGUGAUGCCUACACGCCAGCAGGCAUUCCAAUCCCAACAAAUAAGAGGCAUGAUGCUGCAAAGAUAUUCAGCCAUCCUGAUGUGGCAGCUGAAGAAACCUGGUAUGGCAUUGAGCAGGAGUACACCUUGCUGCAGAGGGAUGUUAACUGGCCGAUUGGGUGGCCUGUUGGAGGUUAUCCUGGACCUCAGGGGCCAUACUACUGUGGUGCUGGUGCUGACAAAGCCUUUGGGCGCGACAUUGUUGAUUCUCAUUAUAAGGCCUGCCUUUAUGCUGGAGUUAACAUCAGUGGCAUCAAUGGAGAAGUUAUGCCAGGACAGUGGGAGUUUCAAGUUGGCCCUUCUUUUGAUAUCUCUGCUGGAGAUGAGUUGUGGAUUGCCCGUUACAUUCUGGAGAGGAUUACAGAGAUUGCUGGAGUGGUGCUGUCCUUUGAUCCCAAACCUAUCCCGGGUGAUUGGAAUGGAGCUGGUGCUCACACAAAUUACAGCACAAAAUCCAUGAGAAAUGAUGGAGGCUAUGAAGUUAUCAAGAAAGCAAUUGAAAAGCUUGGACUGAGGCACAAAGAACAUAUUGCUGCUUACGGAGAAGGCAAUGAGCGUCGCCUCACUGGACGACAUGAAACAGCUAACAUCAACACAUUCAAAUGGGGGGUUGCGGACCGCGGGGCAUCAAUUCGAGUUGGCCGGGACACAGAGAAGGAUGGGAAAGGGUACUUUGAGGACAGAAGGCCAGCUUCAAACAUGGAUCCCUACGUGGUCACUUCCAUGAUUGCAGAGACUACCAUUCUAUGGAAACCAUAAGCCCUCUGCUGCAACCUCCUAUGAGAUGUGGUGGAGAAACUGUGUGAAGUGGUAUGUUGCAUCUGUUUUAUGUGGGUAGAAGAAGAGCCCCGUGGUGUCCUACUUUACUUUUAAAAAAAAAAAUUGCCUUUGUGAUUCAGGAGGCAAGUUCACUUUAUUAGCUUUCCUUGGCUUCUAGUUUGGCCUGCUCUUUCAAGCAGUGGCACUUGUAUUAAUAACAAAUCAAAGUGGGGCUGAUUCCAAUUGUUGGUCAUGUGGAAAAAUAAUUUAUUUUAAUCCACGCAUUGGUAAUC